ACCGGUAGUUGUCAGUAGAGACGCUGCUCGUCCUCGUCCCGCUGCUGCCUCUCUCAGGUAGGGCCUCAGAGCGAAGAUGGCGACGGACAAGCAGAAACAUGAAGGCAGGGUGAAAAUCGGACAUUAUAUUCUUGGAGACACGCUAGGAGUGGGAACGUUUGGAAAAGUAAAAGUUGGCCAGCAUGAGUUGACCAAACACCAGGUGGCGGUAAAGAUUCUAAACCGGCAGAAGAUUCGCAGUCUGGAUGUGGUGGGGAAGAUUCGACGUGAGAUCCAGAACCUCAAACUCUUCCGUCACCCACAUAUAAUCAAACUUUACCAAGUCAUCAGCACACCAACCGACAUCUUCAUGGUAAUGGAAUAUGUGUCAGGAGGAGAACUCUUCGACUACAUCUGUAAAAAUGGAAAGUUGGACGAGAAGGAGAGCAGGCGUCUGUUCCAGCAAAUCAUCUCAGGGGUGGAUUACUGCCACAGACAUAUGGUGGUGCACAGAGACCUCAAGCCUGAGAACGUCCUGCUGGAUGCGCACAUGAAUGCCAAGAUUGCAGACUUUGGCUUGUCAAACAUGAUGUCAGAUGGAGAAUUCUUAAGGACGAGUUGCGGCUCUCCUAAUUAUGCUGCUCCGGAAGUAAUCUCUGGAAGGUUAUACGCCGGGCCUGAGGUGGACAUCUGGAGCAGCGGAGUGAUUUUGUAUGCCCUUUUGUGCGGAACGCUGCCGUUUGACGACGACCACGUGCCAACACUCUUCAAGAAGAUCUGCGACGGGAUCUUCUUCACACCUCAGUACCUGAACCCCUCCGUUAUUAGCCUUCUGAAACACAUGCUCCAGGUGGACCCCAUGAAGAGAGCCACCAUCAAAGAGAUUCGGGAUGAUGAGUGGUUUAAGCAAGAUCUUCCCAAGUAUCUGUUCCCGGAGGAUGCUGCAUAUAGCAGUAAUAUGAUUGAUGAGGAGGCGCUGAAGGAGGUGUGUGAGAAGUUUGAGUGCACUGAGGAGGAGGUGCUCAACUGCUUGUACAGUCGCAAUCACCAGGAUCCUCUUGCUGUGGCCUAUCACUUGAUCAUAGACAACCGCCGCAUUAUGAGUGAGGCUAAAGACUUCUAUUUAGCCUCCAGCCCCCCAGACAGCUUUCUAGACGAUCUGCCUGCUCAUCACUCUGCUAAGAUUCACCCUGAAAGAGUGCCAUUCCUAGUGGCCGAAACUCAACCGCGUCCUCGACACACGCUGGAUGAGCUUAACCCCCAAAAGUCCAAGCAUCUCGGUGUUCGGCGGGCCAAGUGGCACCUGGGAAUCCGUAGCCAGAGCAGACCGAAUGAUAUCAUGAGUGAGGUCUGUCGUGCUAUGAAGCAGCUGGACUAUGAGUGGAAGGUAGUGAAUCCUUAUUACUUACGAGUGCGGAGGAAGAACCCAGUCACUGGCAUACAUACAAAGAUGAGCCUCCAGCUCUACCAGGUGGACAGCAGGACCUAUUUACUAGACUUCAGGAGCAUAGAUGAUGACAUGAUGGAAGUAAAAUCAGGGACGGCCACGCCUCACCGCUCUGGCUCAGUUGGUAACUACCGGACUACCCUAAAGAACGAGAAAAACGAAUGUGAGGAUGCGGUAAAGGGCGACGUGUCCGCACCCUCCACGCCUCCGAUAUCCGGAGGGAAAGCGGCGGAAAGCUCUCUGGCUUCUUCUCUUACCUCCUCAGUGGAUUCCACGGGGGGAGAGAUCCUCCCCCGCCCAGGAAGUCACACCAUAGAGUUCUUUGAGAUGUGCGCCAACCUCAUCAAGCUGCUAGCACGAUAACUUGUGGUUCCUCUGAUGCCUUCUCUCUCUCACUCUCCUCUGUCUUCCCUCUCACUCUCUGGCUUGAUUUCUCUUUCUUCUAGAAUACUCUCUACCUCUUCAUCCUCUGAUAUCUGUGUCUUCAUCCACAGCAGUCCUUCUAUCUCUAUUCUUUUGUCUCUCUUUUUCUCUCUCAGUGUCUUUAGAGCAAUAAGCAUGCAGACAGACUCAAGACUCCAUGCAUCCCACUCACAUGAACAAGCUGAAUGGUCUGUGGCCCUACUGUCGCCAGCAUCAGCCUGUUUGAGGGGACUGAGAAAAGGUGCGAAAGGGAAAAGGAUGGAGAUUGUUUAUUGUGCCACAGUCAAGGUGUCAGAAAGAUUGCUAAGCCACUUUAUAGUAUCUAUACUCUUUUUAGAGAUGGUUUUACAGUUCUUUUCUGGGUUUUAUAGCAAGGAUUUCCUUGCAGAGAGUUGGGCAUAGAGUUAUACACUGAGCUAGCUGUACUGUACACAAUGCUGUUGCAAUUCUUGGCGGACCAAGAGAUUUAUAGAGAAAGAGCCCUUGUGGGCAUGUGGGCCGACAAGCGAGACUGAAAGCGCUUUUGCACAGUUUUACCUGUUAGUUUUUGUGGGCCAGUGUCAUGACUGGUUAUCCCAUUGACACGGCCUACUGGGAAGGGCACUCGAUUAAGAGGAGCCAACUUAAAUAGCGGGCCACUGCUGGGAUGGGCCAAUUUAACAUGUUGUGCACUUUAACACAAAGGGACAACUUGAUAAGUCAGCCUUUCUUAAGGAAGAGACCAAUGUAAAGACCCAUUUAUCCUGAGGGAGUGCAAUGUCCUUGCCUCUGUUUCAUAGAUUUUUGUUUGUUUGUUUGUCACACAUUAGACUUUUUUUUCUAUUUGCUCACAUUUUACAUAAAUUUAAGUAUAUACAGAAUUUAAUGCAUUCGGAUUUGUUUAUCAGUGCUUUAAAUGGGGUUGUAGAUUGUAUUGAAAUUGUGAUAUUGGACUGGAUUAUUUUUUUUAAAGGAAUGUUUGAUUAUAUCACUGUAAGAUGUUUUAUUCCAUACACUGCUUUAUCAAAAAAAAAAAAAAUGUUUUUAGUUGUUUUACCAAACAAUGGUUGCUUCAAAAAUAAGUAUUCCUUAAAGAAAGAAAUCAAAAAAUUUUUUUUUUUAAUUAAGUUUCAGACAGGCCCAAUAUUAAAACUGCUGGAUUUCCUUAGUUUUUUUUUUUUUUAAGUGUAGGCUGCAAAGAUAAGCAUUUGUGAACACUUUAGAAGAGCUGAGGUGCCCAAUAUAGUUAAUCAUCACAAUGAAAAUCCAUUAGAGUUUAAAUCUUGACCGAUAUCCAUGAAAAGUGAUGCACAUAGUCAUGUCUUAUUCUUGUGUUUGAAAGCCAGUAUGAAUAAUCGUAAGAUUGCGCGAUCUGAAAAUAGGAAAGCACAUCUUACAUGCAUAUGGCCACUAAGAAAGGUCAUCCUGUCAACAUGAAUGGAAAAUGAUUUUACUACUGACCGGAGUAACCCUCCUCCAGAUCAGUUCCACAGAGUGCAGUGAAAACAAUAUGGUUUUUAAAUAAUUUGCUCUUGUUUGUUUUCCUGUCCGGAGUUCAAAUUAAAUAUUCCAAAUGCAAAGCUGAAAAAGCUGGAAUUAAUAUAUGGCACAGCUUAUUUACAUUUUAAAGUCAUGUGAUAUAAGCAAGAAUGUCUUAUAGUAUAACUUGAUUGAUGAUGAUAUCCUGAUUGGUCCUAACAAAUGCAGCAACAUCAAGUUCUCCAAAAAAAAAAAAAAAAAAAAAAAAAUGAAGGCCAGUAAUUCUGAUUUGACUGAAUUCUUGAGUAUUUGUUUCAUGCUCAUGUCUAGUUUCCUAAAAGGAAUGAAAGAAGAAAAAAAAAUGGUUUGAUUCUUUUUGUUCUAAGCUACACUGUCAUUUCAGAAUCUUUAUUAAUGAGACUUUGAAGCUAAAACUUGACAAUCUAUGCUUUGUAAGCCAGCUUAAGACAAAUCCAUGCGAAAUUGUUUGUUUUUGCUCUGUCCCCUUUAACUUUUUUUUUCUUUAAAAGUUUUUUUUUCCCCAUGUAGUAGUCUUGUUCAAAUGAUAUCUCUUCCUUAUCAUUAGUGAACAAUUUUAUUCAGCCUUUGAAAACAUGCUUAGAAAAUCUGUUGAUGUACUUCUCUUCACUGCAUUUAUGUUGAUUAUCUGCAGAGAUGCACCUCACAGAGGCUUGCCAAUGUAAAUUUACAGAUAAUUACUGAUAAUUUACAUUUAAAAACAUGAUUUGUAAAUACAACUGCCUAAUAAAAUAAUACAUAAAGA